CUCUCUCUCUCUCUGAACCUCAGAGCGCGCUAUAUAAAACAUCCCUCCACACUCAGAUAUACAAACACCUCCGUUCCCACCACAGCGCCUCCGAACCCUGCGUCAGAAAAUACCCCAGUACUCACUUGAAGCGUUUGAACAGCAGACACCUGACCCUUCCUGAAUGAGCUGGAGAAGACUCCUUUCUUCUCCCGCAUCUCUGGACCGUCUUCUUCACUCUUUAUUUCUCCUCAAGUUUGGCAGCUGAUAACGGCUCAAUCAGAAGGAGAUUUGUUUGUUUGUUUGCAGCAGCUGAGAAAAUCAAGGACUGUUUGACAUGAGGAGAGACGUUCCACAAAGAGGCAUGAAGACCACAUGUCUGUGGACUGCCGCCUUGCUGCUGUCAGUCAUCUUUCUGGUUGCGAGUGCUGACUCUCCAAGUUCCGACUUGAGAUAUAACUCAAAAUCCAAAGUGAAGACCUACUGGGAUGAAAGCAGCAAGGCCGUCUCCAUCAGCCGUCUGCUGUCUCAAAGCCUCUACGGCAAAGAGAACUUCACCUCUAUGGAUCUGAACUACGACGAUGGGGACUCUUACUCUAAGCAAGAGCAUUGGAAAUGGCUUUACAACACCUCAACCUCCCGUGACCCUCGAUCAAGGACGAAAAGACGCCCCAUCGUCAAGACUGGAAAGUUUAAGAAGAUGUUCGGUUGGGGUGAUUUCCAUUCUAACAUCAAGACCGUGAAGCUGAACCUCCUCAUCACUGGCAAAAUUGUGGAUCACGGUAACGGCACGUUCAGCGUCUACUUUCGACACAAUUCAACCGGUCAGGGCAACGUUUCCGUGGGACUUGUUCCUCCCACCAAGGCUGUGGAGUUCCAGGUCCACCAACCGCACCAGCAGUACCACCACCAUCACCAGCAGCAGCAGCAGACGGCCCUGGAGACCAAAGAAACCAAGCUGUUCAACUGCAGGGUGGAGUACGAAAAGGUGGAGAAAGGCACCAGGAACUCACUGUGUGCCCACGACCCCUCGCAGAGCUGCCCUCAGGAACAGACCCAGAGCCACGUGUCCUGGCUGUGCUCCAAACCCUUCAAAGUCAUCUGCAUCUUCAUCACCUUCUACAGCACUGACUACAAGCUGGUGCAGAAGGUGUGCCCAGACUACAACUACCACAGUGACACCCCCUACCUCCCUACGGGUUGAUCACAAGACCAGACGAAGGGGGGGAAAGAAAAAAAAAGACACAGAGACAGGCUACAGGGUCCUGAGCAAUGUCAGAUUAUUUGAAAGAAAAUGGAGUCAAGAUGUCGACAGGCAUUAUUACAAAUAACAUAUCCUUGUCACAAGACUGAUAUUGCUCCAAUGAACAAACCUAGCUUGAGGUCAUUAAGAGAGCAUUUAGGGAAGCAUUUAUAGGCUUGCAAUACUCAUCUUAUAUGCAUAGCUGCUUACAUCGAAAGGAAAUUCUCAAGCCAACCAUAAAAAUAUGCUGAUUGUAUUUAUGUAAAUAUCGUGGAUUCCACACAAAGACCAGAGAACAAUUUUAUCAGUGUUUUCUCCUGCUAAUUUAGUUGUUUAUGUUGAUGGUGUAUUUCCGUCUCAAUCAUGCUUUCUGUCUCCUCCAAUCAGUCUCUGGUAAUCACUGCGAACACGUAAAUGUCAAUGCAAAUAAGAAGAAUCUGUCAGUAUGCAUUAGAGGGCAUAAUGGAAAAAUCAAACAUAUUUUGAGUGGUGUUGUUUUCUGCAGUGUGAUUGUUAGAGUGAAUGUACCUCUCUGAUAUUGUUGUUGGAAUCUCGUCCAUGUCCCAUGCAUGAACCCGAAUGUGGUAAACAACUUAAUAACGUCCAUCUAUAUUUUCCUGUUAUUGCAGCUGUCAAAAAUAAUCUUCACCAAGUCACGACACAAAGAGGGAAAAAAAAGUAUGUUCUAUUUUAAUUCUGUGUUGUGUGUUUAGCAGUUUUAAGGCCAUGGACGGCGCUCGGUAAAUGACACCAAAUUGAGGGCUCUCAUCAGAUCAAACAUAAGCAAGUAAAUGUCACAAUGAAUAAAUAAAAGUUGCACAAGAUGCACAAGAUGACAGAGAAACAGAAGAUCAUUUUUUGUGCUUUUCUUUAAAAAUAAUCAAACAUUACUGUGCUCUCUUUUCUCAGAACUGCAUUUCCAUUUUAGGCAUUUAAGCGUUGCUUUUAUUUCUGGUGACUCCUUGCAUCACUGACAUGACAAGCAGCCAGUAGUGAGCCACAGAAUUAGAGCCACAGUGCCCCUGCAGAAACCAAAAAUAACCAUUUGUAAACACUGGAAUAAUCAUUUGUAUCGAAAAGUGAUUGAUAAUCGGAAAAAAGGUAGGUCAAAAGUUUGUUUAAAAAUAGAUCAUAGAACAAGAAUGGAAGCGAACA